UUACAAUGACAUAUGUGUCAAAACAAUUCUACAAAAGUUGUGAAGUAUUAUCACUACUGACACAAUAUGUGAUUUUUGCUUGUGAAAAAAAUUAGGAACAUGGAAGCCAAUGAACCCACUCCAGAGGCAUUACAAAGGAAAUUAUACUUUUUACUUGAGCAGCUACAGGAUAUGGCUCGGGAGUUGCCACCGAAAUACCAAAUGAGAGUACCCAUUGAGCUGCUUUCUGGUUUAGCGAACUGUCUUCUAAACGACACAGUGUUUGAAAUAGUUAAAGGACUUAUGGAAAUUCAGCAUGUCACUGAAAAACAUUUGUUUCAACAAAGACAACAAAUAAUAAAUAAACAUGCAUUGGAAAUACAAAAUAUGAUCAACACCACACCAAAUCCGGAGCAGCAGGAGCUUCAGAAAACAUUACUAUCAUCAAGGCAUAAAGAAGAGUUAAGACACACAGAUAUGAAACUAGUUCUUCAAUUAGAUCAAAAAGUUAGUGACCAACAAGUGACUUUAGAAAAAGCUGGAGUGCCAGGUUUCUUUGUCACCAAUAAGCCAAUAGAAGUCAAAGUACAGAUGUAUCUAUUAGAUUUUAUUCUUAGAUUAAGCAAUAUGGAUAUUCCACAUUAAUUUAAUAAUGUAUAGGUAAUAAAAUUAAGUGAAGACCAGCAUUGUUUCAUUCAUUAAUCUACAUAAAACCCCAACUUAUAAUUCUGACUGAAGAUUUAUAAUAAAUUAAAU